AUGGAAGGCCAAGAUACCUUGCCGCCCGGCAGCAACCUGAGCGAGUCCGAGUCUCCCUAUCUCUUCAGCACCACCAAGAUCAUCUUUGGUGAUAACUCAAUGUACUGGGUUUCAACCCAUCUGUUGGAGAAAUAUCCCAAGUUCAGACUCUCCUACUACAGGGACGGAGAUUUCGUGAAGCUCAACUGGCUCAACAGCACCCAAACGGCUGGCUUCAUGAGAUAUUUACGCAAAGGAAAAUGGGAGAGCCGAAAGCCAGAGGACUUGAACAGACCACUGGACUACUACAACAGGAUGCAACAGUGUCUGUCGGUCCACUGCCUCGCUGUGAACUACGGAAUGUUCGAACUCUCUAGACUCACCAUUGGAGAAUUCUCCAGUAUGGCUAAUCGACUCUCAAUCUUCAAACUCGUGGAGAUGCUUCAAGAAGUCAGCUCGACACUUCAGAGCAACCAGACUGUUUCGACCGACUACUCCGACUAG